ACAGUGAGCGCUCUUCUUCCCCGAGACGAAGAUCUUUUAUUGUUCUUGGAAGAAGAGAAGGAGAAGAAGGUGAAAUGGCUAUGCAGAUCUCGAUCUCGUCUCCUUCCUCAAUGAGUUCGUCCCAGAUCGUCUCGUCUGGCGCGCGAAUGUUCUGCCGGGAUCGUCUCCGGGGAUGGAGGAGCGGGGAGUUCGGAUUCGCUGGGCUUUCGAGGAAGUGCGGUAGCGAUCGAGGGAGGGGGGCCGCGGUGUCGGCCAGCCUCGAGGUCGCCGGAGCUGUGGCGGUGGUCGGAAAGGUGACGGAGGUGGACAAGGACACGUUCUGGCCGAUCGUCAGUGCUGCGGAGGGGAAGGUCGUCGUUCUGGACAUGUACACGCGAUGGUGUGGUCCAUGCAGGGUGAUAGCUCCUAAAUUCCAGGAUUUAUCAGAGAAGUAUCUUGAUGUUCUUUUCCUGAAGCUUGACUGCAACCAAGAAAAUAAGUCUUUGGCCAAAGAAUUGGGUAUAAGGGUAGUUCCCACCUUCAAGAUCCUGAAGGGCGGCAAGGUUGCGAAAGAGGUCACAGGGGCAAAGUUUGACGACCUUGUUGCCGCAAUUGACGCAGUUAGAAACAGUUAAGAAGAUGCGGCAGGACCCAGUUAUCAUUAUAGGGUUUAAACGAGAGUCAUGCUGGACCCAAUUUCUAGAUAAUUUGGGUUUAGUUCUCUAGUCCUCUAAUCUGCGCCCACAUUUCUCCCACUUUCAGCAGAAAUGUAUUCUUCUGUAUCAGGUGUCCUGGAAGGCAACACGCCAGUCCUGGUCAUGGGUUGAUGUAUAUUACAGUUAAUUGUGAUAUUCAUGCUUUUAAGGAUUAAUAUAGAAUAGCUGUACAUUUGUGGCUUUU